GAGGAUGACUGCAGCNGAGCUUUCUGUCUCUGAACUUCUGGAGAGAGCCAACAGUAAUCUGAUCCGAUCUGACAAUGAUCCCAUCCUGAUUGGAGGAGACAUCGCCAUCGGCAGCGAGGACGAGAGAAACGCCGACCCCUGCACCAGCCGAGGCUGCAUGUGGGGCAAAUACACUGACGGGAAGGUCUACGUUCCUUAUUACAUCACCAACCACUUCUCCGACCGUGAGAGGUCCAUCAUCAUCCGUGGACUGGAGUCCUUCUCUUCCUUCUCCUGCAUCCGCUUCAGGCCCACCCGAAGCGAUGACCGCGACUGGCUGAGUAUCGAGUCCCAGAAUGGCUGCUACUCCUUCGUUGGCCGUCGUGGUGGGAAGCAGGUGGUGUCUCUGGCCCGGAGUGGAUGCCUUUACCAUAGCACGGUGCAGCACGAGCUGCUCCAUGCUCUGGGCUUCAACCAUGAACAGACCCGCUCUGACAGGGACAACCACAUCAGGGUCAUGCUGCAGAACGUUCAGUCUGGAAUGGAGCACAACUUCAAUAAGAUUGCCACCCUGAACCAGGGCACUCCCUACGAUUACAACUCUGUCAUGCAGUACCACAAGACCGCCUUCUCCAAGAACGGCCAGCCCACCAUGGUCCCCAUUCCCAACCCCAACGUGUCCUUCGGCAACGCCAGGGAGAUGAGUCGCAACGACAUUGCCAGGCUCAACACUCUCUACAAGUGCUAAGAAGCGUGUUCAGACGUGCUGACAGACAAUCAGAGGCUCCCUGACCAACAGAAGCUGAGGCCCUGAACUCAUCAGCACAACAGCCAAUGAUAAUUCUAUAAAGUUACUUUGACUUGAAUGAAA